AUGCGUUGCUGCGGCUUCCUGACCAUAGUCCUUCUUUUCGCCGCAAACCUAUCAUCCCUCGCGUCCGCAAUACCCAUCCUCCACGAAACUCCCUCUCUCGAGCUCAGACGGUCACUAAACAUCACCACGCGGUCGACUUCUCCAGUGCCAAUCGGCACAGUUCUCACACACUGUGUUGUCCCAGGAGUGGUGGCCCUCACCUUCGAUGACGGGCCAUACAUCUAUACGCCUGAAAUCCUCGAGUCUCUCUCCCAGCAUAGCGCCCGGGCUACCUUUUUCCUCAACGGAGUGAAUAAGGGCAGUAUUGAUGGCUUCCCGGAGAUUGUUCGCCGUGCCCAUGCGGAAGGGCACCAACUCGGUUCGCAUACAUGGAGCCACGACUUCCUCAACGCCCUCGACUACCCAUCCAUAGUCUCUCAAAUGACAACACUGGAAGACGCUUUCCUCCGGAUUCUAGGCGUCUACCCGACAUACAUGCGCAUUCCGUACUUCGCAUUCAACGGCGUGGUCCUCGCGGCCAUGACGGACUUGGGAUACCAUGUGAUUGGCGCCAGCGUUGACACGAAAGACUACGAGAACGACGACCCGGAGCUGAGCUACCGCAGCUUUGAGAAGUUUUGCACCGAGUUAGAUGCAGGCGGGAACGUUGUUCUGGCGCAUGAUACCCAUCAGACUACUGCUCGGGUGUUGUGCUUGGGAGAUCCCCGCGAAUUUUGGUACAGGGAUGGCCGUUAG